UAAUUAUUCGCAAUCAAAUCCAAAAAUUUUUGUGGAAAAAGCAAAAAGAACUAGGAUUUCAAGAAGUAAUUAGCCCAAUUUUAGGCACCGAACAUUUAUAUAAAAUUAGUGGCCAUUUGGAGCAUUAUCACGACUAUAUGUUUCCGGUCAUCAGUCGUAAUAACGAAGCCUUUCGUUUGCGACCUAUGACUUGUCCUCAUCAUUGCUUAAUUUAUCACCAAAGACCACGUUCUUACCGUGACUUACCAUUGCGUCUUUGUGAAAACGCAAUUUUAUACCGUUACGAAACUUCGGGCUCGCUUAAGGGUUUGGAACGACUUCGAGAAGCGGCUUUUUACGGCCCGAAAUUAGACGUCGAAGUCAAAGCCGCUGACGGAAAAAACAUUACUCUCGCCACUAUGCAACUGGAUUUCGUUUUGCCUCAGAAAUUUGGUUUAAAUUACAUCGAUAAAGAACAAAAAUUAAAAACUCCGGUGAUUAUUCACCAAACUCCUCUCGCUCCGGUACAGUUAGUUAUUCUGCCAAUAAACAACCAAAAAGAAGUCCAAAAAUACAGUGAAAAUUUACAAAACAAAUUACUAUCUAAUAAUUUCCGCAGCGAAAUCUGGACUGAAAAAACUUUAAAUUAUCGCAUUAAUCAAGUUCAUCGCAAAAAAGCACCCUACUAUCUGGUAAUCGGAGAAAAAGAGUUGAAAAAUAAAAAAGUAAAAUUAGCAACUGAAGAAUUGACCGAAGAGGAAUUGCUAGAAAAAUUACACAACCAGAAAGGAAAAACCGAUAAUGAACUAGAAAAAGUUUUAAAGCCUGGAGCGGUUAAAACUUCAUUUGUUAAAUUGGCUUAUCCUCUUCUGAGCCCGGGAAUAACUGUUGCUUAUGAUGGUAGUAAUUUUUGGGGUUGGGCUAAACAGCCGAAUAAGUUUACUGUUCAGGGGUAUAUUGAAAAUGUAAUCGGCCGUAUUUUCCACUUAGAAGUUAGUAUUUUAGCCAGCAGCCGCACCGACAAAGGAGUUCAUGCUCGAGAGCAAAAGUUUACUUUGUGGUUACCUUUUUUUCUGCCAGAAAAAAGUCUGCUCAAUAUUCUCCGCCGACAAUUCCAGGAGUGUAUUGCAAUCAAAAAA